AAUAUAUUCACUUACAAAUACACAAACAUAUAAACAGUUGUUUUAUGACUGAUGCUAGUUGAGCAAAACGGUGUAAGAGGAUUUUAUUUAUUUCAUCAUUCGAACAUUAAUAAGAAAUGAAACUGUCUGGAAUUGAGAAGAUUUUUUAUUUAUUUAUGUAUUUAUUUAGCAGACACUACAUUUAUUUAGACACUAAUUUUAAUCAGAGGCUGGUUAUUGUCAUCGCUAAAUCUUACUAGCUUGCUAAUAGGAGCUAAUCUGACAGGAUAUCUGAGAGGAUUUAAAUUUGUGUUGCUGAAAAUUUGCUAAGUAGGGGAUAUACUUAAGAGCUACAGAUUCUAAACUACUAUUUAAUUAAAGUUAACUACUAAAAAAAAUCAGAUCGGAAAACUUUUCACUAUACUUUACAUAUACACAGUGAUUAAAAUGCUAGCUAGCUGUAGUUUCACCCAGAGAAAGGAGGCUGACUGAGCAAGAAAGACCUCCACAGUCAAUACUGAGUUCACCACAGAAGCACAGAAUAAUAAUGUAACGUUAAUUAUGUAAAAAUAUGUUGACGGGCUCUUUAAUAAUCACAUCUUCUCAUUUUCCCGAGUGCUGUGCUUGCAUGAAGAGAUCAAUAAAAAUCUUUUUAAUUACUCCAGGCCAAUGCGACUGUCAGCAGACAAGCGGCGCAGCAAGAACAUGAGCAGCGGCAACGCGACCGUGGCUGCAGAUGAUGUUGAACCAUGUGACCAUCAUCUCGACUGCCUGCCUGGGUCCUGCUGUGAUCUCAGACACCACGAGUGCAGCCCACAUAACCGUGGACUGAACAACAAGUGCUACGAUGACUGCAUGUGUAAAGAAGGUCUUCGGUGCUACGCCAAAUUCCACCGCAAGAGAAGGGUCACCCGGAAACGUGGCCGAUGCGUGGAACCCGAAUCGGCUAACAACGACCAAGGAGCCUUUAUAACGAUCUGAUGAGAGAGAUGGACAGACAGAUAGAUAGAUAGAGAACGAGAGAAAGAGAGAGAGAAUGAAAAACGGAUCAUGACCCUACAACCCUGUACCUCCUUCUAAAGACUUCAGAUGGACUGAACCUGAAUUAAAAAGUUUAGCGAGUCAAAAAAAUUAAUCUGGCCGACUCGCCUGUGUGUUAAAGUGCACCAUGUAACCAAUGUCACUCUGUACAGAUGAUUUUGUGUCUCAGCUGGACAGGAUUUAAUUUUUUUUUUAACUGAGAAUGCUAAAAACAUUGCUGUAAUAAUCGUGUGUUGGAUUUGUUUGUUUGUUUCUUUUUUUUUCUUUGUUUACUUUGAAUGAUUUAUUAUUUAUCCUGCACCUAUUUGACAUUGUAAAAUAUCAAGUACCCAUUUGUCGAGGUCAGAAAAAGGUCAUAUUUCUCAUCAUAAAAUGAUUAUACAAUAAUUAUUUGAAUAUUUCAACAUUUUGAAUACAUUUGAAUUGAUUUCAUGAAAUUAAUUAAUCUAAUUUCACGAGCAAAAAUGCUGCAUUUAUUUUUUAGGAAAUAAAUGCCUGAAUAAAGUAGGAAAAAAAUAAAAAUAUUAUUUUGAAUUCCUAAUAAGAUACAUGGCAUAAACUGAUCAGAGUAAACGAUGUUCAUUGUAUGUUUUCUUUUUGUCAAAAUAUACUGCAUUGUAGGAAAUAGAGACCGGUGUAUAGAAGGAUAGAUGCAUCAUUUUCUUUUUCCUUCAGUAUUAUGGUUUGGGUUUUGCCUUCUUGGCCUUAUUUUUAAAUGCAGGGCUUUUUUUUUUGAGGUGACCAUCUGGACAUUAUUUGGUCUGUUGAGUACAGCUCAAACGUAUUUUGUGUGUUUUUUUUUUCUGACUUCAAUAUCCUAAUUAAACUAAUGCAAAUAAUAA